AUGGUUAAGAAGGUGUUAUUUCAGUGGAGCAAAGAGACCCUUGGUAACAUCUUUCAAGAGAUAAUCACUCUUGAAGAAGUUAUUAAAGUGAACGAAACACAGUUUGAACUGGAUCCUUCAGGCACUAACAGAGAAAAUUUGCAUAAAUCUCAAGCGGAGCUAAGGAAGCAAUUACAAAGGGAGGAAGAAUUUUGGAAACAGAAAGCUGGAAUGGAAUGGUUCAAAGAGGGAGAGAAGAAUACUAAAUUCUUUCAUACCAUUGAGGACAGUGAAGAUUUUGAGCUACUGAAGGAAUUACCAGUAGUGAUAAAUGAUGAGAUGAAUGAAGAGCUGCAAAGCAUGCUAACAACAGAGGAGGUCAAAAGGGCAGUAAUGAGCUUAAACAAAGACAGUGUAGUAGGACCAGAUGGAAUUAUUUCCCCAGAACAAGCUGGUUUUGUACAAGGGAGAAGCAUAUCGGAGAAUGUGUCAUUGGUUCAAGAAAUUAUAACAGAAAUAAGGAAGAGAGGGAAGUCUCCAAAUCUAGUGAUUAAACUAGACAUGAUGAAAGCAUACGACAAAAUGGAAUGGCUAUUUAUGACCAAGAUUGAUCAGUUCCAAUUGGUACCAAUCCUCCUAAAUGGUCAGCCUAAAAGAUUUUUUAAAUCCUCAAGAGGACUGAAGCAAGGGGAUCCUCUAUCGCCUACUCUCUUUAUAUUGGCAGCCGAGGUCAUGUCAAGAUCUCUAAAUUCUCUAAUAAAGAAGAAAGAAUUCAAGAGGUUUGGAAUGCCAAGAGGCAGCCAAUAA